AUGCGCUCCAAGUUUAAGGACGAGCACCCCUUCGAGAAGCGCAAGGCAGAAGCCGAGCGUAUCCGUCAGAAAUACGCAGAUCGCAUUCCUGUAAUCUGUGAAAAGGUCGAGAAAUCAGACAUCGCCACCAUCGACAAGAAGAAGUAUCUAGUUCCCGCAGACCUCACCGUCGGACAGUUCGUCUAUGUUAUUCGCAAGCGCAUCAAGCUGUCUCCCGAGAAGGCUAUCUUCAUCUUCGUCGACGAGGUACUACCACCAACGGCUGCACUCAUGAGCAGUAUCUACGAAGAACACAAGGAUGAAGAUGGCUUUCUGUACAUCACAUAUUCGGGGGAGAACACCUUCGGCGAUCUUUAA